ACGCCAUCGUCCACCUACGACACUUUUCACCACGUGCGCUGCGCUGCUUCCUCGGACAGCAGCCGUUGUGCAAUCAAGACCACACUCCAGGCGCGCAGCCCAGCUUUGUUGUGCGGUGCAUCGGCGGCAAAAAGCCGGUAACAGAUCCCGGCUUCGGAAGCGAAAAGCAAUACCUCUGACAAGUGACUAGAGCACGCCCGCUCUGCCUCAACCUGCAGCCAUGGACUCGAUGCGCAGCCUCAACAAAUCCCUGCCCCGAACGCGGGCCCAGCCAGAUGUCCACCAGUCGUUCCGCACCGCCGCCUUGACGGUGACGAACCUGUACAAGUCCGCCCUGGCCGACCUCGACAAAGCCCGCACCGACGGCUACCAAGACGCUCUCGACGACCUGCUCGGCUUCCUGGACAGGCAGAACAUGGGCGUCGGGGACGGCGAGGGCUGGCGGAUACGGCAGUGGGCGACGGAGCGACUGGAUGGCGCUCAGCUCCGGCAGUCGGUCAGCGACAGCGACGAGGACGAGCUGGACGACAAGCGCGCGCGCAGCUCGUCUCCGGCCAUGGAACGCAACAUGAGCCCCGAGCACACGUGCAUCCCAGAAGUCAUCGAACCCGUACACCGAUGCGACUCAGCUCCCCCUCUUCACGUGGAAGCAUCUACGUUGGAGCCUGACACGUCGCCGCUCCACCAUGUCUUCCAGUUCUCAGCCUCGCAGGCUUACCCGCCCAACAACAACACGACCGACUCAGCCGUCUCCGAUUUCUCCGCCGCUGCCCGCCGCGCCUUCCCUGCCCCCCGCCGGCCCUCAAACCGACCCUCGUCUCGAAGCCUGCAGCGAUCUGCUAUGCAAAACAUAUUCCAGCUGGGGAGUGGUGCUGGCCAGAAACGAAAAGCGGUGCAAGAUUUCGUCAACGUCGACGGCCCCAACGACCGACGAGACGGCUCAGUGGGAGGGCCGAAGCGUGGACGCAUGGCAUGAUGAAGGCUUGCUGGGCUCAAACACGACGCGCUCAUCUCUAUCCAGAGCGUGAGCCAUGCCGGAUUGCCCAGUUUGUGACUAGAAGACGGGUUUUUUCGAUGACGUUACGAAUUCUUUGCAUCAUACCCCCGGAGGCGCAUUGGACAGGUGGAUUCUUUUCAUGCAUGGGAUGGAGUAGAACUAUAGAAGCAUUGUGUGGCAUUUACAAUAUAUAUUCUUACUUGGACAUGGGUGUUUUAAUCUCAGGCAACAAGGACAUGGGCUUGGAGGGGUGUAUGUGGUAAUGGCAUGUUGUAGGCUGUAUUUUGCAUGUUGACGUGCGGAAAUUGGUACCUGCAGUGGGUUGAGCUGCAUCUAAUAUUAUGGGGACUUUUUGGCAUCUCUCUUCUUUUGUCAUGAUGUUACAGACUUGCA